ACCCCAUUCUUCUUCUUCUCCUUGUUCUAUAACCUCGACUCAAAAGCCUUCAACUUUUUUUUUUUUUCUCUCUCUCUCUCUCUCUCUCUCUACAACUUGAGAUUUGGAAACGCUUAUGGGGUGAUCAUCGUGGCAAGAGCUUGCAAAUUCAUGCAGUGGAUCAGUUUGAAUGAUCACGGGAUCUCAAAAGCGUUUCUUUGAAGUCUGAGCUCAAAGAGUAGUGUUGGAAAAAGACAAGAGACGAGACAGUGUUUCUGUACAGAAUUUAAUAGUAGCGGGAGAAGGGCAAGUGUGGAGUUUUGUGAUUUGGUUGUUUUUGUUAUGUACUGUUGAGGAAGUUGUGUACAAAGAAAGAUAAGUUUUACUGUGUUGGUGUUCUUUGAGACAACCUCGGAGGAGAAGAUAUUGGUAUUCACCACAUGGCGAUACAAGGCCAAAAUGCAUUUACUAGAUCACGGGGUGGUCUUCCAGUUGGAGAUGGAAUAUCUUUGAAUUCUGGUGUGCAUUCUGUUGCUGAUAUUUCACUACAUGAUCAAUUUUCUUGUGGAAAUGACUAUGCCUUGAAGGUAAGAAAACCAUAUACUAUCACAAAGCAGAGAGAGAGGUGGACAGAUGAAGAACAUAAGAAGUUCCUUGAAGCCUUAAAGCUAUAUGGCCGGGCCUGGCGACGGAUUGAAGAACAUGUUGGCACAAAGACUGCUGUUCAGAUUCGAAGUCAUGCUCAGAAGUUUUUUUCUAAGGUUGUUCGAGAGUCUAGUGGGAACAGCACAGCCUUGGAGGAAUCAAUUGAAAUUCCACCUCCACGACCUAAGCGGAAGCCAAUUCAUCCUUAUCCUCGUAAACUAGUUGAGAUUCCAAAGAAAGAAAUUUCCAACUCCGAACACCCUCUGAGGUCUAAUUCUCUCAAGUCAUCAGAUUUUGGUCAAGAAAACAAUUCUCCCAAGUCAGUGUUAUCUGCAAUUGUUUCAGAAACCCUUGGUUCCUCUGAUUCAGAUACCCCUACUAGAAGUUUGUCACCAGUCUCAUCCACUAGUGGUGACCCCUUAAACAAUUUUCCACUGGCUGACCCCAAAACAUCAUUUGAGGAAGAAGGGUCUCCACCAAGUUCAGCUCAUGAUGACCAACCUCUUGUGAAAUUGGAGCUUUUUCACAAAGAACGCGAUUCUACCAAAGACGAUGCAGCAGAAGAAUCAUCUGGUCGUACUCUCAAACUUUUUGGGACCACUCUUUUGGUAACAGAUCCAUGUAAACCUUCUUCUCUAACACCGGAGCCAUGCAAACCAAUACCUACGGCUGCAAUGUAUCUUGUGCAACUUCAGAAUGGAUGUUCAAAUAUUGCACAAGGUCCUGCAAGUAUUGUUCCUCCUAGGUGGACUCUUCCCCACAAUGCACCAUUCAUGUCACUGCACAAGGAGCCAAAAGGGAAGCAUCUAUAUUCCAAUCUUGGAGAGUAUGAACUUAAAGAAGUUCAAAAGGAAGGGUCUUGGACUGAUUCCAACACUAGUAGUUCAUUUAAUGACGGAGACAACAAUGAAAAAUCAGAUGAUCAAGCUAAAAGUGUUGUGCAUUGCUUUAGCAAAAGGGAUGGACAAUUGGACCUUCUUGGUCACACUCCACUUAGUGUAACAUCAUCUAUAUCUGAGCUAAGGGUGAGACCUAAAACCUAUGGAAAAGGGUUUGUGCCAUACAAAAGGUGCAUGGCAGAGAGAGAAAAGCCGUACUCCCUAAUAAGUGAUGAGGAGAGGGAAGAGAAACGUAUCAAGCUUUCCUUGUAGUACCCUCUAAUUGGCUUUUCUUCAAAGCAGUUUCCCUUUCACAGGUAUAAUGUAACUGUUUCUGUUGCUGGAUGAUCUCGUAUGAGAUUGAGAAGAAAGAAACGGGAGCUGAAAUUUUUGAUAUUUCUACUGCAUUGUUAAUCCUCCACAAGCUUGUAUUUGCCUAUAUCAACUUCAAGACUUGGGGAGUACUAUACUAUCCAGUGAAUUAUCCCACUUUUUCUUUAUUUUUUUAUAUUUCUUCAAGCCAGUUAGUAGGCCUUUUGUAUUUCUUCAAUUUUUUUCCUCCCACCUUCCACUCUCAACCAUCCAGUGUCCCCUUUUUAAUGCUAAUUGUCUUUCAAGUGUAAGUUGCAUAUAUGUAUCAGUUACUAGUGUAAUUGUUCAUAUUUAUCAUAUUUAAUGGGGGUAAAUUAUACAUGCAAGUUGCAUCACCUGAAGCUGAAUAAAAAUGUACUUAAUGCUCAUUCCAUUUAUGACAUUAUUUUGA